CUCAUUUCUCUGGGUCUCAGUCCGGCAAGAAAAAAUAGAGCGUUAGAUGCAGAGGGCUACUACUACUUUCCUCGGCGUCGCUUCCACCGCCGUUUCGUCUUCUGCUGCUCAUUCCACAAUGGACGCCGUUGCUUCUUCUCGUAAAGAUGCGGAACCCUCGGUUGGAACGCCUCGUCGCUGAACGAUGCCGAUCCGAGGCUCUUACGAUGGACGACGCGCUCGAUCUUUUCGAGACUGCAGCGAGUGCGAGCCCGAAACCCUCCAUCAAAGCCAUCAACCUCCUCCUCAAGACCGUCCUUCGAAUGAAGCACUACCCAACUGCGAUCUCGCUAUAUAACAAACUAAAUCGUACACAGGGAAUCUCGCACGGCGUCCACACCGAUGGACUCCUUAUCAAAUGCCACUGUCGCAUGAAUCUGGUGGAUUUGGGCUUCGGCGUCUUCGGGGACCUCCUGAAACGUGGCCAUGUCCCAAACGCCAUAAUCUUCAACUCGCUUGUGUAUGGCCUCUGCUGCGCGAAGAGCGUAAGCGAAGCAGCCACGGUGUUCGAUAGAAUGUCUCUGAUGGGAUGCCAACCUGAUGUGUCCUCAUACACUGCUCUCAUCAAGGGGCUGCGCAGUACUGGGAGCAUGGGCUUAGCACUGGAGCUGCUUCAGAAAAUGGCCACCUUGGGUGUUUGUUGCAAGCCUGAUGUGUUUACAUAUGACACAAUUAUCACUUACGUUAGCAAAGAGGGAGCUGUAAGCAAGGCUCUCAAACUGAUCGAUGAAAUGACUGAUGCUGGUGUUGCCCUGGAUAUUCGCAUUUACAACAGCAUUAUUCAUGGGCAUUCGACUUUAGGCAGCUGUAUUUUCAAGGAAAUGGUUGAUCGAGGCCUUUCGCCGAAUGUGGUGACAUUCAGCAUGCUGAUGGAUUCACUUUGCAAGGAUAAAAAGACUGUAGAAGCUCAUAAACCACUUGAUUUGAUGAAUGAAAGAGGUCAAAAACCUGACUUGAUCUCACAUACUAUAUUGGUGCAAGGAUAUUGUCAGGGGAGCCAUCUUGUAGAUGCAAGGAAAGUCCUCGAUUCCAUGCUAGGUAAAGGUCUUGCACCUAAUUGCCAUACAUACUCUGUCUUGAUUAAUGGAUUUGUCAAGAAUCAAAAAAUGGAUGAGGCUGUGGAGCUAUUCAACCAGAUGCAACAACAAGGAGUGAAGCCCCAUGUUGUCACCUAUAAUACUGUACUAGAUGGACUAUGCCACCUUGGAAGAGUGGAGGAUGUCAGAAGCUUCCUAGAUGAGAUGGUGGCACAAGGGAUCCACCCAAAUGUAAUCAUGUACAACUCUAUAAUUUGUGGGUUUGGUAGACUGGGGAAGUGGAAAGAGGCUUUUCAGUUGCUUAACAAAAUGAUAGAGCGAGGAAUCCAUCCUAACAUCGUGAUACUCAAUGCAUUGAUCAAUUUCAUAUGUAAAGAAGUAAAGGUUCAAGAGGCACAUAGAUUAUUGGAAAAGAUGAUUAGUGGGGGCAUAGAGCCUAAUGUUAUUACUUAUAGUACACUAAUGGAUGGUUACUGUAUGGUAGGGCGAAUGAAUGAUGCAGUGAGAGUUUAUGAUUCGAUGGUUUCAAAAGGCCAUAAGCCCAAUGCUGUAACAUACAAUAUAUUAAUUGAUGGAUAUUGCAAAAGGUGGAGGAUUGAUAAGGCUCUGAGUCUCUUUAAUGCAAUGCCCUGUAAUGGAGUGCAGCAUACUACAGUUCUAUACACCACCAUAUUAGCUAGAAUGUACCAUGUUGGUAGGAUUACUGAUGCUGAAAAAUUCUUUGACAAGAUGCUUGCUGCUAUGAUACGUCCAAACCUUUACACAUACAAUACAAUCUUGGAUGGGCUUUGCAGAAACCGGUGUAUUGAUAAAGCUAUGAAGCUACUUCAAGAUGCAUUAUCAUCUGAUGUUAACCUCAACAUUAUCUCUUUCAACACUGUAAUUGAUGGUUUGUUUAAAGCUGGUAAAAUCAAUGAAGCCAAAAAUCUCUUCAACACAAUCUCCACCAAAGAUUUAAAGCCGAUUGUUGUUACAUAUAGGAUAAUGGUGAAAGGACUAAUAAAGGAAGAAUUGUUUGAUGAGGCUGAUUAUUUGCUCUUGCACAUGGAGAAAUCUGGUUAUCCUGCAGAUUCUGUAAUGUUCAAUGCCAUGGUUCGUGGUUUGCUGGAGAAAGAUAAGAUAGAAAAAGAAAUGGAUAUUAUUAGAAAAAUGAAGGAGAUAAGUUUUUCUUUUGAGGCAUCAACCGCUUCUCAGAUAUUCGAGAUGUCAUUGAAGGAUGGGCAAUAUCAUGAUUAUCUGAAGUUGCUUCCAGAUUUUUCUGAGCACUGUGCAAAGUGGCACCUUGAAGUGAAUUUGGAUGACUGGCUGGCAGAUGAACUGGAGAACCAUUUGGAUGAUGAUUAUCUUGUUUUUGACUGUCCAGAGGUCAAAUCGAGCUUUUUACACGUUCCAGUUCUGCGGAAGUUUGUGUUCAUGACUGAUGUGACCAAGUAUAUAAGCAGUUGCAUGGCAUCUCUUUCUGCACUGGUUCGGCUUGAACUACCCCAUGUCAACAUUCUUUCAAAUAUGGACCUGUUACCUCAAUCCAGAGGCACGGGUUUUACUGUCAGAGUUGAAUUAGCAUAUGGCACCUCCCCGGACUUUUGUGGUCUUGUCGGUUUAAAUAGAGAGGACAAAAUCACAAGCAUGGUAGAUCUGUGUAAUUUUUCCUUUCAAAGAGAUACUGGGAUGCGGAGGACGUUUCCAUUGCUCGCCUCCUCACUCGUCUCUUCUUCAGCGAGAGAUGUCGCUGCCUUUCGAACUGAGCGCCGUGUCACUUCCACAUCUUCUAGAAGGAAUGCUGCAUCAUCUUCUCCUGAAACCGCCCCCAAUAAAAACAUCCGGGGUGGAAACCGGCGGUUGGAAAGCCUGGUGAUCGAACGAUGUCGAUCGGAGGCUCUUACAAUCGAAGACGCGAUCGAUUUGUUUGACACUGCAGCGAGUGCGAGCCCGAAAUCCUCCAUCUAUGUCAUCAACGUCCUUCUUAAUGCCAUCCUUCGAAUGAAGCAUUACCCAACUGUUCUCUCUCUAUAUAGCAAACUAAAUCAAAUGCAAGGAAUCCCGCCCAACAUCCACACAUACGGAGUCCUUAUCAACUGCUGCUGUCGCAUGAAUUGGGUGGAUUUGGGCUUCUGCGUCUUCGGGGACCUCCUGAAACGUGGCCAUGUCCCCACCGCCGUAAUCUUCAACUCGCUUGUCAAUGGCCUUUGCUCCGAAAAGAGGGUAAGCGAAGCAGCCAUGAUGUUCGAUAGAAUGUCUCUGAUGGGAUGCCAACCUGAUGUGUUCUCAUACAGCACUCUCAUCAAGGGGCUGUCCAGUACUGGGAGCAUGGGCUUAGCACUGGAGCUGCAUCAGAAAAUGGCCACCUUGGGAGGUUGUUGCAAGCCCGAUGUGGUUACAUAUAACACAAUUAUCGAUUACCUUUGCAAAGAGGGAGCUGUAAGCAAGGCUCUUAAACUGAUCGAUGAAAUGACUCAUGAUGGUGUUGCCCCAAAUGUUUGCACUUACAACAGCAUCAUUCAUGGGCAUUCGACUUUAGGCCAGUGGAAAGAGGCUGUCACUAUUUUCAAGGAAAUGGUCGAUCGAGGCCUUUCACCAGAUGUGGUGACAUUCAACAUACUCAUGGAUCUACUUUGCAAGCAUGAGAAGACCACAGAAGCCCAUAAACUACUUGACUUGAUGAAUAAAAAAGGUGAAAAGCCUGAUAUCAUCUCAUAUAAUACAUUGGUGCAAGGAUAUUGUCAGGAGAGCCGUCUUGUAGAUGCAAGGAAAGUCUUUGAUUCCAUGUCAGAUAAAGGUCUUUCUGCUGAUUGUUAUACAUACUCUGCCUUGAUUAAUGGAUUCGUCAAGCAUCAAAAAAUGGAUGAGGCUGUGGAGCUAUUCGAGAAGAUGCAACGGCAAGGUUUGAAGCCUAAUGUUGUUACCUAUAGUACUCUAUUAGAUGGACUAUGCCACCUUGGAAGAGUGGAGGAUGUUAGAGGCCUCCUUGAUGAGAUGGCGAGUCAUGGAAUACAUCCAAAUGUUGUCACCUACAGUUCUAUGAUAUGCUUUGGUACACUUGGGAAGUGGAAAGAAGCUUUUCAGUUGCUUAACGAAAUGAUAGAGCGGGGAAUCCAUCCUGACAUCGUGGCACUCAAUUCAUUGAUAGAUUUCAUUUGUAAAGAAGGAAAGGUUCAAGAGGCACAUAGAUUAUUUGAAAAGAUGCUUCGUGGGGGUAUGGAGCCUGAUGUUGUUACUUAUAGCACACUAAUGGAUGGUUACUGUAUGGUAGGAUGAAUGAAUGAUGCAGUGAGAGUUUAUGAUUUGAUGGUUUCAAAAGGCCAUAAGCCCAAUGCUGUGACAUACAAUAUAUUAAUUGAUGGAUAUUGCAAAAGGUAUAGGAUUGAUAAGGCUUUGAGCCUCUUUAAUGCAAUGCCUCAUAAUGGAUUGCAACAUACAACAGUUGUAUACACCACCAUAUUAGCUGGAAUGUACCAUGUUGGUAGGGUUACCGAUGCUGAAAAAUUCUUUGACAAGAUGCUUGCUGAUAGGGUACGUCCAAACCUUUACACAUACAACACAAUCCUGGAUGGGCUUUGUAGAAAUCAGUGUAUUGAUAAAACUAUGAAGCUACUUCAAGAUGCAUUAUCAUCUGAUGUUAACCUCAACAUUUUCUCUUUCAACAUCGUAAUUGAUGGUUUGUUUAAAGCUGGUAAGAUCAAUGAAGCCAAAAAUCUCUUCAAUACAAUCUCUACCAAAGAUUUGAAGCCGACUAUUAUUACAUAUACGAUAAUGGUGAAAGGACUAAUAAAGGAUGGGUUGUUUGAUAAGGUUGAUUAUUUGCUCUUGCACAUGGUGAAAUCCGGUUGUCCUGCAGAUUCUAUUAUGUUCAAUGCCAUGGUUCGUUGUUUGCUGGAGAAAGAUGAUAUAGAAAAAGCAAUGGAAAUUAUUAGGAAAAUGAAGGAAAAAAACUUUUCUUUUGAGGCAUCAACUGCUGCUCAGAUACUCAAGGUGUUAUCGAAGGAUGGACAAUAUCGUGAUUAUCUGAAGUUGCUUCCAGAUUUCUCUGAGUACCGUGCAAAGUGAUAAAGUCACCAUGGAUCGUUAAAAUGAGUUUGUUAAUAAUUGUAUGACAAAUGGAUAUUUCAACUAAGAAUGCCUUUUUUGUGAGAUCUGAUUCUAUCAUAUGUGUUGACAGACUAUUAAAUAAAAUUUAGCUUCGAAUGCCAGAUCCACCCCUUUUAGGAACUAUGGUUCUAGAACCAGGUUUUGUAUGUCCGUGGACCUACCCUAGUGGUGUUGUCAGGGACUUGAGACAUCAUGGUUAUGGGAAGGGCUGUGCAGAACGAUUGUCUUCUGCCUUGGACAAUGACAUUGUGCUGGCCACCAUUCAAGGGGGAAGCCAGGCAUCUGAAUUUGAUUGUUCUUGCUUUAGAGCAGAUGAAGAGAUGAGUUCUACAUGUUCUUUGAAGAUAGCAAUCUGAAGGGUGAAAUGCAGAAGUCCACCAUCACUCAACUUACAGGAAGGAUUGUGCUGAUAUUUGGCAAUGACUGUAUCUCACAUUUGCAUCUAGUGUGACAAGCAAUGAGGAUCCAAAUUCAUGCAGACAUUCUAGAUUCCGAGUUUGGUAUAACAGACACCUUCAGUUGUAGUGAUGAAAUAGGCCAUUGGUUAUGAUCAAUUUGGGUUUGGCCUUAUUUAUACUUAUUAUCUUGCUUCAGUUUCAGCUGUUGAUGAUUGUUCAGACUACUCUUGUUUAUGCUUUUACCGUUCAUCUCUUUUACCAUGGGCUAAUACUGUUCAUUUCCUUUACUGUACUGUUGUGUAGUAUUAUUUACUUCCUUUACUGUAAACUACAAAUUAUGGUUUUAUCUUGUCUGCCACUGCCACUUAGUACUCUAUAAGCUAAAAUGUGAUGAUAACCUUAGCAUUUUAUUGACAGUUAUAGUUUUUCUGCUAUGUGUUCAUCAACUUUCCAAGUUUGCUAACACGGAAAUCUUGAGUUGAGACCUUAUAUAAAAAGAUAAUGCUGCUAAACGUUUCCUGAUUGAACAGUUUCAGUGCUUAUCUGUAACAAAAGUUGUCAAUAUAGCAUCCUCUCUUAGUCUAUUAUAAAUGGCUUUGUAUAGGAAAGGUUGUUCAAUGAGGCUAAUAUUUUACUAUUGCUCUGCAGAUUGUCUUGUACAAUAUUAUUAUUUGUUGGUUGCUGGAGAAAAAGAGAUAUGGCCACAUAUAUUCUUCAAAAAAAAAGGAGGAACAAUUUGAAGAUGCCAUGAAAUCUUCUGCAGUGACUAUCUGUCAAUUGAAAGUCUUUCAAAACGGGUGCCUUGCUAAACAUCACCUUAUUGGACACAUUAUUGGGAUUGCCAAGGAGGGGGAAGUCCUGAUCUAAGGAGGUCAUGGCUGUUAUUGUCAACUUGCAAUUAUGAUGGGAUCUACAUGUACUUUGAAGGCCUGCCUACAAAGAGGGUGUCUUUGAGGUGCCUGAAUCUGGGUGGUCGCAAAAUCCUCCUCAUCAUUUGUCUCCUAUGAUUGACUGGUACUCUUUCAGAAUGGAAUCAGUCCAGCUGUGGAGCAUCAAACUGCAGUUUCUAUAUGUAUCUUAUUUUUUCUAUGCUGAUCCUAAACAAUUUAUCUAUUUUUUGCUGGGGUUUGUAUGGGUUGAUGAUUGCAGAUGGUGAAUUUUGUGCCCCUUGACUUGAAAAAGGAGAGCAGGUGUACCCCCGUUGCUACUGAAGUCUGUUGAUUUGUGACUCAA